CGUCCCUCCUCUCCCCCACCCCACGUCUCCAUCCCCACACUGGAACAGAAACUGGUGCAGUGCCGAUCCAUAUGUGCAUGUGUGUGUUUUCGAGCUGCCAGUUUCUUGAGAGCACUCAGCCCUCGAGUGCACGGGUGAUCUAUAUGAGAAUGCGCGUGCUGAAAUUCAUGGAGGAUCUUUAGUGUUGAGGGGCAUGUGUGCAGACAGGGAGGCAGUGUGAGGAUGCAUGGUGGGCGGGUGCUGUCGUGAUCAGUGGAGUUUUUCGGUGUACUAUCCCUGUGCCGUCUGCUAUCCCAUCUCUUCAUUUUGGUCAUCCACUGAGGACAAAGCGCAUCCUGCUGGGAUGUCCACCUCAUCUGAUGCAAAAGACGGGAGUAAAAGGAACUCUUUGGAGCCAGAUGUGGAGCACACACACAGAGCCCCUGGGGCUGAGCAAGGAGGGAUUUCACCACCUCAGGUGAAGCUGAAAGACAGGCAGAAGUUCUUUGAGGAGGCCUUUCAGCAAGACAUGGAGCAGUACCUGUCUACUGGUUACCUGCAGAUUGCAGAGAGACGAGAGCCAAUAGGCAGCAUGUCGUCCAUGGAGGUGAACGUGGACAUGCUGGAGCAGAUGGACCUGAUGGACAUGUCGGACCAUGACGCUCUGGAUGUCUUUCUGCAUUCUGGAGGAGAAGAUAACAGCGCCGCCUCACCUGUGGCAGGUCCAGACGUUGAGUCCUUCACCGCAGAGAUCAGCCUCCAGGUUCCCACCCAGGCUGAGCUGCGACACAAGCUGUCGUCCCUGUCCUCCACCUGCACCGACUCGGCCAGCCAGGACACCGAGGCCGGGGAGGAGGAUGAGGAGGACGAGGAGGAGGAGACCGAGCGAGGCGCAGGAGGAGGGAGGAGGAAAAAAGCAACCGUGAUCGUGACCCUGGACGAAGAGGAGAUUCACCCGGACACGGCGCUGGUGGAGCAGGCGGAGCGGGAGGGGCAGAGCAGCACAGACUGUGAGCAGAGCAGGCAGACGGUGUGAGGACGGCUGGACACCCCCACUGGCCACGACAAACAAACGUUUACUCGGAUUGGAAAGAAACCCUCCAACAGUUCCAUCGAGGUUGCUGUCACUGCCACAUGACUUUGCCUUAAGAGACUGCAGAGGGAAGUUCCCAAUUUUAACCAGAGAAAGUCGAGUUCAGCUAAGAAUCCCCUUUUAAAUUAUUCAAAAAUACGACAUUUUCCAUCAAAUCCACACAUUUUUGGAGCCUCAUGCACAUCUGCAGCUCCCAGUUUCUGUGUGGAGUCCAAAAACAUGCAUGAAAAAGAAGUCAAUCCAAAUAAAAAUCAAAGUUUGGAUGUUUUUUGAGCAAAAAAAAGUGGAUUCCCUGAUAAUUAUAAUAAUGAGCGUUUAGAUGUUUACAGCUUUAUUUUUGCAGUGGGGGGGGGGGGGGGGGUUGUAGCUCAGGAUGGAAAAAGGUUUGUAGUUCAAUUGCUUAAUUGACAGCCAUUGUGUGAGUGUGCACACACACUCCUCUGCGUGCUCAAUGUGAAAAGCCAAGAAAACAAGCACUUUGUGAAGCUAAAUAAAGACAUGCUGCCCGCAGGAAGGAGGGACGAGCGCAAAGAGCAACACAACUACAGACGAGAGGUCUUCUUUGAUAUGCAGUCCAUUCCGUCUCUGCAGAAAUUGUGUUCUUGCCAUGUUCGACAAUAAACAGAUCUAUGGAAAUUCUGGAA